UACAGGGAAAAUAGUUACAUGUUGUUGGCACUCUGUGAGCUUAAUGUGUCCUGAGAACUUGCAUGAAGUGAGCAAAUGAGUUAGAAACAUGGCAUUACUGAUUGUACUGAUUACCUGCUUUGUGAUUAUUCUUGCUACUUCCCAGCCUUGCCGGACCCCUGAUGACUUUGUGGCUGCCACUUCUCCGGGACAUAUCAUGAUUGGAGGUUUGUUCGCCAUUCAUGAAAAAAUGCUGUCCUCAAAAGAUUAUCCCAGACGACCAGAAAUCCAGAAAUGUGUUGGGUUUGAAAUAGCAAUGUUUCUUCAAACUCUUGCUAUGAUACACAGCAUUGAGACGAUCAAUAAUUCAACAUUAUUAUCUGGAGUCAAACUGGGGUACGAGAUCUAUGACACUUGUACCGAAGUGACAGUGGCAAUGGCAGCUGCUCUGAGGUUUCUUUCUAAGUUCAACUGCUCCAGAGAAAUUGUGGAGGUUAAGUGUAACUAUUCCAGCUAUAUGCCAAGGGUUAAGGCUGUCAUAGGGGCUGGCUACUCAGAAAUAAGCAUGGCUGUCUCCAGGAUAUUGAGUUUACAGCUCAUGCCACAGGUGAGUUAUGAAUCAACGGCAGAAAUCCUAAGUGACAAAAUUCGCUUUCCUUCAUUUUUACGAACUGUGCCCAGUGACUUCUACCAAACUAAAGCAAUGGCCCACCUGAUUCAGAAAUCUGGAUGGAACUGGAUUGGCAUCAUAACCACAGAUGAUGACUAUGGACGACUGGCUCUCAGCACUUUUGUUCUUCAGACCAUGGCAAAUAACGUGUGCAUAGCCUUCAAAGAAGUUCUCCCAGCCUUCCUCUCAGAUAACACCAUUGAAAUCAGGAUCAAUCAGACACUGGAGAAAAUCAUAGCAGAAGCCCACGUUAAUGUCAUUGUGGUAUUUCUGAGGCAAUUCCAUGUUAUCAGUCUCUUCAGUAAAGCCAUUGAAAGGAAUAUAAAUAAGGUCUGGAUUGCUAGUGAUAAUUGGUCGACAGCCAUCAAGAUUACCACCAUUCCUAACAUUAAAAAGAUUGGCAAAGUUGUAGGGUUUGCCUUUAGAAAAGGGAAUGUGUCCUCUUUCCAGUCCUUUCUUCAAAAUCUGCAUAUGUUUCCCAAGGAUCAUAACAAACCCUUAAAUGAAUAUGCCAUGCUCUUGUCUGCCUGUGCCUAUGUCAAAGACAGUGAUUUGAGUCAAUGCAUUUUCAACCAUUCUCAGGGGACUUUGGCCUACAAGGCUAACAAGGAUAUAGACAGGAACUUCUCCCUGAGAAAUGACUUCCUGUGGGAUUACACUGAGCCAGGACUUGUUCACAGUAUUCAGCUCGCUGUGUUUGCCCUUGCUUAUGCCCUUCGGGAUCUGUGCCAAGCUCGAGACUGUAAGAACCCCAACGCCUUUCAACCAUGGGAGUUACUAGAUGUACUGAAAAAUGUGACAUUCGCGGAUGAAGGAAAGUCAUUUCAUUUUGAUGCCCAUGGGGAUAUGAAUACUGGAUAUGAUGUUGUGUUCUGGAAGGAGGUCAAUGGCCACAUGACUAUCACCAAGAUGGCACAAUAUAACUUGAAGAAUGAUGUCUUUAUCAUCACAGACCAGGAAACAAAAAAUGAGUUCAGGAAUCUUAAGCAAAUUCAAUCCAAAUGCUCCAAGGAAUGCAGUCCUGGGCAAAUGAAGAAAACCACCAGAAGUCAGCACACCUGCUGCUAUGAAUGUGUGAACUGCCCUGAAAACCACUACAGUAACCAGACGGACAUGGAUCACUGCCUUUUAUGCAACAACAAAACUCACUGGGCCCCCGUAAAGAGCACCACGUGCUUUGAAAAGGAAGUGGAGUAUCUCAGCUGGAAUGAUGCCCUGGCUGUCCUGCUCCUGGCACUCUCCCUGCUGGGAAUCGUGUUUGUUCUGGCUGUUGGCAUAAUAUUUACAAGAAACCUGAACACGCCCGUUGUGAAAUCAUCUGGGGGAUUAAUGGUCUGCUACGUGAUCCUCCUCUGUCAUGUCCUCACUUUUGCCAGUACCGGCUUUUUCGUCGGAGAACCACAAGACUUCACAUGUAAAACACGGCAGAUGCUAUUUGGUGUGAGCUUCGCUCUCUGCAUCUCCUGCAUUUUGACCAAGUCCCUGAAAAUACUGCUUGCCUUCAGCUUCGAUCCCAAGUUACAGAACUUCCUGAAGUGCCUCUAUAAACCGAUCCCCAUCAUCUUCACAUGCACAGGUAUCCAGGUGGCCAUUUGCACCCUCUGGCUAAUCUUUGCAGCCCCUACGGUGGAAGGGAAUGUCUCCUUGCCCAGAGUCAUUAUCCUGGAAUGUGAGGAAGGGUCCAUCCUUGCCUUUGGCACCAUGCUGGGCUAUAUUGCCAUCCUGGCCUUCAUCUGCUUCCUCUUUGCCUUCAAAGGCAGGAAAUUACCUGAGAAUUAUAACGAAGCCAAAUUCAUCACAUUUGGCAUGCUCAUUUACUUCAUAGCGUGGAUCACAUUCAUCCCCGUGUAUGCCACCACCUCUGGCAAAUAUUUGCCAGCUGUGGAGAUUAUCGUUAUUUUAAUAUCUAACUAUGGGAUCCUGUGUUGCACAUUCUUCCCCAAAUGCUAUGUUAUUCUUUGUAAGCAAGAGACUAACACAAAAUCUGCCUUUCUCCAGACGGUGUAUAGUUACUCUUCCCACAGCGCAGGCAGCCUGGCCAUGAGCCAUGUGUCACUGGACUCCACCAACAGCAACAGCACAGCCACCAACCCCGGCUCUGGUGGCAAGCCUGCGGCCUGGCCCAAGAGCAAAGAUCUCCAGAUGCAAGCAUGUGCGCACAUAUGCAACGAGAAUGUUACAGGGGCACCUAAAACGAGGCCUCGAAAACGAAUUUCAAGCAUAUGAAUGCAUCCUAAGAGGUUGCAUGUUCCAGAAUAAAAUGUAUCUAGGGUCUUUGCAUUUAAGAUGCGCAUUUACUUUCUGGGCAACUGUGUUCUAUGCAUUUCUUCGCUGCCACUAUUUUCACCAAGUUUUGAUUGAACACCACCCCCAUUUCCAACCACUUGUUUAACAAAGAAAAUAGAUCCCUCAACCUGCAACUCACUUUAUUCCUUACCACUUCCAUCUGCUUCCAUCUUUACCUCCUUCCCCUUAAGCACAUAUCUAAAGGUAUCUCUUCUGUUCAAAACUAGCCCAUAAUAUAGCAUCCUUAUUCUAUCCUCUACCAGUUCUUUCAAACCUCUUUGUAGGGUUCUCUCCUUGUCUCUUGAGCAUCUUUACCUUCUCACCCCACCCCCCUGCUCAGUCCAGUUGAACAAGCAUUUGAGCAGUUUUCAUGUGCCAGCUGAUAUGCUAAAUA